AUGCAUAAUCUGAAGCGUAUGAAAAACACUUCUAGAAGACCUAGUACUGAAGACCCUGGAUUUAGAAAAGUAAUUCAAUAUAAACGGAAUAUAAAAACAAUUGACAAAGAAGAAAUCAUUGAAACUGCUGAAACCGAAGAAAUAGCGCGAUUGAGAAAACAAGGUAAUGAUGAUGAUGACGGUGUUCGAGGAACUUCGGAUGCUGGAGGAGAUAACGAUGAUGAUGAUCAAGCAAUGCCACCUGCUGGAGGAGGUAAGAAUGAUGGUGAUAAGAAUAAUGGUGAUAAGAAUAAUGGUGAUAAAGAUAAUGAUGUACAAGGUAAAAUUGUUGAAGAGGAAGAAGAAGGUAAAGGUCAAGAAAUAGGGGUUGGGGUUGAACAACAACCUGAAGCUGCAACUUCAACCGGAAAGAAGAGGGUUAUCAAUAAACCUAUUGAUUCCCACAUGCCGCCCUCUCACUUGAAAAGGCAACAAAAAGCAGGUGAGCCUCUACGAGGGUUACCAGAAGAUGGUGGAACUGUUCUUUUUGGAUACAAAGACUCAUGGGCUUAUGAAAUCUAUUAUACUCUCGAUCAUACGAAUUUCCAUCCGUAUUUUGAGGCGCCAAGCUUCAACUUUAUGAUGAAGAAAUGGCCACUUGACAAUAAUGUGAUGUCGUGA